GAAUGAGUUGCAUUGCCUUUUACUUUAAUUUAUAGGUGGAAAUUCUUAAGUCAACUACAUCUCAUGAUUUGGUCUUGGUUUUUGCAGGCAACACCUCAUUUCCCACUUCGUCCACUUUACUAAAGUCUCAUCCAAUCCUCUUCUAUAUCAUCCCCUCCCAUUCUCUCUUCUCUCCACCAUGACUACCAGCAUGAAGGUGCAUCACUUCACACGUGCAUUCUGGGAGCACGAACCCUUCCUCACCCUUGGCUGCAAGCGAUUACGCCCUCUUGCUCCCAAACUGCCCACCACCACCACUUCUCUUCCUUUUGAUCUCAAGACCUUCAUCAGACCAGAAAGUGCUCCCAGAAAACAAGUUUCCUCUCUCCACAAUAACAAGGAUCCACCUUCACCCCAACCCCAGGUUGAAACGCAUCCAGGAGGGACGCGGUGGAAUCCGACGCAAGAACAGAUAGGUAUAUUGGAGAUGCUGUACAAAGGAGGGACGAGAACUCCGAAUGCUCAGCAGAUAGAGCAGAUCACUGUUCAGUUAGGAAAGUACGGAAAAAUCGAAGGGAAGAAUGUGUUUUAUUGGUUUCAGAAUCACAAAGCACGCGAGAGACAAAAGCAGAAGCGUAACAGCCUUGCCUUUUCUCGUAGUCCUCGAACUCCCACAAUUCAUUCUGUUGUUACUUUAGAGGCAGCAAAGGGGGAAGUAGUAGAUAGAGACGAGGAGGAAGGUAGUCCGUACAAAAAGAAGUGUAGGAGAUGGGUAUUUGAUUGUUUGGAAGAGCAAAGCAUGUCGUCGUCAUCAGUGUGUGAAGAGGAGGAACAUAGAACUCUGAAGCUUUUCCCAUUGCACCCGGAAGGAAGAUGAAGGGGUUUGAGAAAUUAAACAUUAAUUCAUGAUUUUGCUUUGCUUUAGUUCCGAAUCCAACCAAGCUGAUUGAAUGAAUGUGGUUUAGUUUUCUUUACUUUUCUUUUUUCUUUGUAUUGGGAAAGAAGAAAGACAAAGUUGUCUCUGAUCUGUACUCUUCCACUUAAUGCUAUUCCUGACUUUGGAACCAAACCAAAGCGAUUUGUCUA